AAACUCGGCGUUGUUUAACAGAAUCUUCAUCUUUCAACCCUUCAUUUCUAUACUCUCUCAAAUUACUUCUCCUUCAGUCACACUGAUUAGGAAAUACUACUACUAUUUACUAAAUCCACUGGAAAAAGGAGAAAUCUGUAAGAUCUGGUGGGGAAAUGGUAUCGCUAAUCCAUCCGGAGCUCGGUCUGGAAUCCCGAUUUUCAACCAAAUCGUGGCUUCCGAAACCAAUCGGCAGGUUUCUGGCCGACGUUUCGCAGAAUCGCUGCAUAUCGGAUAAGAUUUUGCAGCUAGAUGGUUUUGUUAAUCAGCUGCUAGACGAGAUGAAGAAGAUCGACGCCUUCAAAUGCGAGCUACCUCUUUGCAUGCUUAUCAUCACCGACGCAAUUAUGAUAGUUCAGGAGGAGCUAUCACUGUGUAAGAAUUUAAAAUCUGAGCCGGUAUUGGAAGAGUUCAUUCCUAUUAAAACUGAUGAUAAUGAUAAAGCUAAGGAUAGGAAAGAUAAGGAAAUUAGCAGCAGAGAUAAAAAGAGCUGGAUGAGUUGUGUGCAGUUAUGGAACUCCGAUGAUCAAAAUGCUGCUGAUUACAAAACAAAGGAUGCUUUAUCUGAGAGUGAGAAGAAGAAGAAGAAGAAAAAAGUAAUGAAGGACAUGGAUGAGUUGCCUCCUGUUCCCAGGCUCUCUCUUUGUACGCCUGGAAUCAAGAAUUCAAUCAAUCCUAUUGGCAGAUCAAGCUCACCUCCUGCCAACUCAAAUCUUCAACCAAGCUUCAAGGAGACUGCUAGGAAGCAAAGGAGAUGCUGGUCGCCUGAUCUGCAUAGACAGUUUGUCAAUGCCCUGCAGCAUCUUGGAGGCCCGCAAGCUGCUACUCCCAAGCAGAUCAGAGAACAUAUGCAAGUAGAUGGCCUAACCAAUGACGAAGUGAAGAGUCAUUUACAGAAGUAUCGGCUGCACAUGAGAAAAAUCGCCAACAAGUCCCCCUUGUGGGCGUCCCAAGAACAAUUUGGCGAGCAUAGCAACGGCUCCCCUGAAGGCCCUCUUCAUUUAUCGAGGUGCCCGGAAAGUGACACCCUGGACGAUGAAGAUGGUGAAUGAUCAGCAGACUACUCUUAUUCAUAUGGGUGCAAUAGUGUAUAAAUGUCCAUGAGUUUUGCAGAUACUGAGAUAUAGUACAUGGGAGGGCUUUGAUCAUAAAAAAUAAACUAAAAUACACAAAAUACGAAUCGAAUAUCAUGAGGCAGAGUUGUAUCAAAUUUUUACAGCAUUAGGUUACCCCAUCGGCUUUUUCUGAAUAGAGAAUUUUUAAUUAUUUGUUCUUUCAUUAUAUCUCAAGAAUGUAACGAGGACAAUCCAGUUCAAUUUCAAAUUUUCAAUCAACCGUUUGAAAAGGCA